UGCACUGAUUGUAUUUUCUGCUUUCAGAGAUUUACGUUUCAACCACAUCAAGGAGAUACAACCUGGAGCCUUCAGGAGACUGAGGAACCUCAACACGCUGCUGCUGAACAAUAAUCAGAUAAAACACAUUGUGAGAAGAUCCUUUGAAGAUCUGGAGAACCUGAAAUACCUCUACCUUUAUAAAAACGAAAUUCAGAGCAUCCAGCAACAUGCCUUCAACGGGCUGCGCUCUCUGGAACAGCUCUACCUGCAUUUCAACAACCUGGAAAGCCUGGAGCAGGAGACUUUCAGUGACCUGCCCAAACUUGAGAGGCUAUUCUUGCACAACAACAAGAUUUCCAGGAUUCAUCCAGGGACGUUCUCUCAACUGGAAUCCCUCAAACGGCUGCGGCUGGACUCCAACGCCUUGCUUUGCGACUGCGACUUGAUGUGGCUGGCGGAGCUGCUGAAGAAAUACGCGGAGCAGGGCAGCAUCCAGACCGCCGCCACCUGCGAGGCUCCUCGCGAGCUGCACGGCCGCUCCAUCGUCACCUUGACCGCCCAGGAGUUUAACUGCGAGAGGCCUCGCAUAACCUCAGAACCCCACGAUGUCGACGUCCUCUUGGGAAACACGGUUUAUUUCACCUGCAGGGCAGAAGGCAAUCCAAAGCCGGCGAUUAUUUGGCUGCACAACAAGUAAGUCGCACACAAUGAGCCCUGGGGUAGCAAAGGUUUUCAAGCACCGAGCUCUUCAGUGGCUGCCUGUAAUUACCAAAGCUGUUUCGUGCAACAUUAAAAAAAAAAAAAA